ACAGAUGGGAGGAAAAUAUUGAUUCGCUACUGGCAUACAUCAAUUCUUCUGACAAGAAAUCAAAAGGAGUAACAUACGGGAACAACAAUGCUCUUGGACACAUGGCCUCUAGUUUAACAAAGUCUUCAGUUAGUCAAGAACUGGAAAGAAAAAAAGAUAAAGUAUCCUCAAGGGAUGUGAAGAAUGUGCAGAACCUUAAAAAUAUUACAAAUAUUAAAAAAAACAGCAAAUUUAAUAACCCUUGCAAUUUUUCUAGAAGUGAGGAUGAUGAUCACUUAGAAAAUGAUAAUGAACAAAAUGAGACUUCGAGGAAAUGCAGUUUUUUCAAUAAUCCAUUUAACGAUUUCGUUUUGGAAAGAAUAACAAAAACUAAAAGUUUGGAUAGUACUUCCUCGGGUGUUGAAAUAAAUUGUUUUGAUUAUGAAAACCAAGAAAAGAUUAAGACCAUUGGACCUAAAUCUGAUGUAAUAAAUAGCAGUAGUUCCUCUGAGCCAGUAUUUUUUCAUAGCUGCCCUUCAUCUGGUUUUGUUAAGGAUUUUUAUUCAUUUUCGGAAGUGAGUCAUGAGUCUGUGGAAGAGACAGAGUUUCGUGUCGUGGUGAAGAAGAAACAUAAGAAACAUUUGCCAACAAAAUCUUUGGAUGGUUUCCGUAGACACAUUCAUACCGUUGGAGCAGGUAAAUACUACCCUGAUAAACCCACUAAUCACAAUUCUUGCAAUGAACUCAUGUUGUUAAAUCUGUCACACCGUGGUCAGAGAGGAAGGCAGGAUUCUUCCCGCCGAAAAUCAACUAGCAGUGUUCCUCCUUCGGAACAUUCGUCAGCAGAAAACUCUGAUCUGGACAGUGUCCACUCUCUGCCUGUAUGUAGUUCUGCCCCGCUACAAACAUCGAUUCAUCCUCAUACCACGCCUUCUUCUUGUUCAUCUACUUCGCAAGCUUCCUAUGCAGAUAUUACACGUAUGUCAGUGAUUUCUUCGGGGGAAAAAGUGAAGUCCUCCAAUAAUAACCUGAACAAUAGAUUGAUUGAAAGUGACCCAAAUGCAUUAUUUUGUCUACCACCUCCAGAUCAAAACUUUGGUUUGGAAUUUGGUAUAGAGUGUAAUCUUGUAGAGAGUAAUUCGGUUAAAGAUAAUCAAUCAGGUGGCAUUACUGAUCAUGUGAGUAACUCAUCAAACAGAGAUCCACGGGUUCAGUUGUCUUCAAUCUCUAAUACAGACCUUGUUAUAAAGAACUUUAAACCACUAGUAGAAGUGGAAAACCAAAACUUUGGUAUUCCUACAGCUCCUGUAUCGGUGCCAGUAUGCUCUACAAGAACUAAUGAAAUUAUAAUCUCCAACCAGGUUAGACCUCCCGAAAAGCACAUUUACAUGCCUAGCAAACGGAACUGUGUAUUUCAAGAGUUUCCGAAAGAAAGAGAGAAAUUAGUUGGAGUUACCACAGAAUUUGACCCCGAAUGUCCACCUGUUAUUAUUAUGGAUAAUUAUGUUCCUGGUGAACAUGUGUGUGAUCUGACCUUUGGUUUUGAGGUCAAUGAACAGUUGCUUCGUAUGAGCCUUGGGGAAGAUUAUGUCAGGGUGGUGACCAGUCUUGGUUCCCAUCUGCAAAUCUCUCCUGAUAUCUACUCAGCAGAACCAAAUAACGAUAAAUGUGCUACAUCCAACUGCAUCAUUAAAUCUCCCACAGGAAACACCGAGUCUUCCGAUGUUGUUCAACCUUGUCCUUAUGAUGGAGUUGUCACUCUAUCAGGUCGUUACAUACAAUGGCGAGACUCUCCAGUAAAUAUUGAUACAUUUAAUUAUGACCGUAUUGUCCAUUUUUUUGGAUCGAGUUGGGAGAAAGUAUUGAAUGAUUACAAUAAAGGUUGUUCCGAGAAUUCAACUUCAAAUGUAGGAAGGGUGAGAUACUACACAGAACUGGUCGACACAAGUGUUGAGGUAAAAGUACCAGUAUCUCCCAACAACAAAUAGAAAGAAAUCCGAAGAAAAAUAUCUUGUUGCUGCAAGAACAGGCUGCUGUUUCAAUUAAAUGUUGCUUCUAAUAUGUUGGUAAAUGACGACUAGCCAGAGUAACGAAUUUUCAGUGUCCUAGCUUUGAGAAUUUGUUACAUCAUAUUGCUCUUUUGUCACUAAGUCAAGAAUAUAUAAAAUCUCAAGUGCUCUUUUACAUUGAACAUCCAUUUGUGCUAAACAUUGUCUUCAACUUCUAUGGAGCUUUCUUGGCUGAUUAUAACUGUUCAUUUUCAACUGCCACCAUUUUUGUGUUUGCAGAUCAUGACAAUGAAGUGGUGGUUUUGGUGACAGAACCGUCGUAGUUCUGGGAAAAUAUUUCAGUGUAAUAAAAGGUUGAAUUUAAUGCUGUGAUUGUAGAUUUGUGCUAAUACAGAACUCUCGGUGGUCUGUCGUUUAUAGCUUUUGAGUCAGAUGAACUGAGGAAGCGGUGGUUGACCUGCCAGUUAAUAUGCACACUUAGUAUUAACCUUGUAAUUUUUUUAUUCUGUUCUUUCCAAGUGUCCAUAGAUUUGUUUAGCUGUUCUUUUUUAGCACUGGACUGAAGAUGAAAAAGCCAGUUUUACAUGCUGCAGUUAAGAAAAUGACAUGGCAUGUGGAGUUACAGACAAUAUAAUUCAAACACUAGCUGCAUUUGCAGUUAACACUCGUUAUUGGAUGCAUUAAAUGUGUGUAAAUUUGAGAGGGGCAAAUAAUUUAAUGAAAUUAUAGUGAAAAGAAAAUACAUAAAAAAAAAUUAUAUUAAUUGUGUAGUGUUUCUCGGACAAGAAACCGAACUGUUGCCCAGUGAAGAAUUGAAAUGGAUGGUGAUUAGUGAUACAUUUGGUAUACUUCCAUACUCUUGCAUCUGUAAAAUGUAAUGUUAGCAUUUUGACCAUGUGCAAUUGUGUCCAUAGCAUUGUGGACUUCACAACUAAUGUACUUUUGUCUCUGGCCAUCUAGAAAAGCAUUCAUAAAACGUUCAUCCAUUUAUGUAGAUUCAUUGCUGUUUGUUUUCCUCAGAUUAUUAAGUCGAAGUUGUUUGCUCACUUGUUUUUAUUUGUGUUUUAGCUCAAAAAAAAAAAGAAUAUAUAUAUAUUUUUUUUUUCAUCAGGUGACAUGGUUAUUUAUUUUUUAAAUAUAUUUGGUCUUGGUUUAUUUAAACUUGUGUACAAGUUGUUAGAAAGGAAGUAAAUGUAUACAACUUCCAGCAUAUUCAGACAAAACUAUUUAAAAGUGAACUUCUGCGUACAGUGAAAUCCCACAAUUUUCUUUGGGGGAAAAAAAAAAAUUAACUCAACUACAAUUGAAGUUAGUGAUAAACAGGGAAAGAGACUGAUGAAGAAAAUUUUAUUAUUAACUAACUCUUGUACUCAGUUUUCCUUCUUUUAUUUAUUUAUUAAACAAUUUUAAGUUUUUCUUGAAAACUACCAUAGAUUCAUUUCUGCAGUUAGCUGUCGGGGGGCCCAAUAAUAGAAAACCGUGUACAUACCUGUUGCGAAUGAAAAGAAAAUGGGACAUUUUGUCAGUAAUGGUUAGAUGCAGAUUCGUGUGCACUAAUAUUACUGUUGUUUCAGCAACUUUAUUUUGACCAAAGGUAGAACAAGACACUUUUUCCUAGUUGUGCCGUUUAUGUAGUCUAUAACAUUAUAUAUUUUCCCUUGUAAGCCACAUUACUUCGCAUCGGAGAUGAGAAAAUAAUUUGAUGGUUAUGAUACUUCUUAUGAAGGUACAGUUAUUUUGGUGAUGAACCUAAAAUCUUUGCUGCAAUAUUUUAAGAAAUAAAAAUUAUUUGUUUCAGCGAAACAUCUUAUUAUCAAUUGUUUUUCUUAAUAAGCUCUUA